AUGGAAAAGGCCUCGCUGGAACAUGCCGACGUACUCACGCAAGAACUUUUGCGCCUUACUUCGUUUGCAUCCGAUCUUUUCCGCGAAGACUUCAUGGCUCUGUUAUACCCCGAUGAUUUGAGUGACAAAAGGGUAUUUGACGCCAGAUAUGCGCAGGUAGCUGUAUUCUUGAUAAGCAAAGCGAUACUGGCGCAGCUAGAACAUUGGGGAAUAUCUUCAAAUGUGCUUUUGGGACAUAGUGUAGGCGAGUAUACUGCAGCUAGCUAUGCUGGUAUACUGGAUGAGAACGCUACCGUUCGUCUUUUGCAAAAGCGAGCGGAACUUGUAUGCAAAACCAGAGCCGCUCGAAUGUUAGCAAUAACUGGGAACAAUGUUCGCAUUCCUCACGAUGUUGAAGUUUCUGCGAUUCUUUCAAACGAUAUGAAAUGCGUUGUUGGAAGCCCUAAGUCCAUAGAAGACUUGAUAAAGCAACUUGGGCAGCAAAAAGUGCCUUAUAAAGAACUGACCACGAGCCAUGGUUUCCACACCUCGAUGAUGACUGCGAUAAGGAAAGACUUUGAGAAACUCCUCAAAAGUGUACGGUUUCAUCCAGGAGAAAAGAAUAUUGUGUCAAAUGUUGACGGAAGAAUAAUCACUGAUUUCAAUAUUGACUACUGCUGUGAGCACAUGAUUCAACCAGUGAAUCUCAAGAAGUGUCUUGACACAAUACUAACAAACAAGGACAUUCGGGUGAUUAUAGAAAUUGGGCCUUCCGGUAUCCUCAAGCAUCUCGUAGACGAGAGGAAUUCUGAGAUUCGCAUAAUCAGUACUGUCAAGGGACGCUCAAAAAGCUCCAAAGUACAUUCCCAGCUCUUUCAAUCUCUUGCUGACCUGUGGGCUUCU